CCCAGCGAGUCUAACGCCCCAAUAACACUUACAGGAAUACGAAACCAACAGCCACCGUUACGGCAGUCAUCGUGCGACAACAGGUUUUUCAGAGGUCAUAUUACCGAUGCAAAUUACCAGAAAUCCUCAACUGCUGGCCCCACAUCUCACCUAAUUCCUUCAUCCACAUCCUCAUCCCCCAUACCAAGCCCCCAGUGCGCACAACAUUCCCCUGGUAUUGGACCUGCCUUACAAAAUGAUCUUUAUUGUUCAUCUACUUUACCUCGACCAGGAUCCAGCCAAGCGGGCAAGUUUCAACAGCAGACCUAUCGUUCACCAAUUAAUAGUGCAAUGAAUAAACCCCAGCACUAUUGUCAUCAUCAAGCUGGUCAAAAACAACAAAUUCCCGCAGAACAAACAUGCGAAAGUUUUGACUUCCAGAGAGGCAGGAACGAGCCGGAAAUUUCUCAAAGGAUCAACGCCCGACAUCAGGCUAGUCGUUACAACGACUGGCGUGGCGGGCAACAGUCGCAGUCUCAGCUGCAGAUGAGACUGAGUCAACAGGAUCUGUUGCACAACUUACCUGACCCGCCGCCGCCGUUCAGAGAAGAUUACAUGUGCCAAUCAAGCAGCCAUGAGGAGGCAUCACCUGUUGCUAAUUCUUGUCACCAUAGAAAAACAGAUAACAAGGAAAGCUCUGUGUGAUUCUGCUACUCGGUAGGGUAAUAGCAUAUGUAUUUUUUGCAGAGAGGCUGAGCUCACUGAUAUCACAGAUAAGGUCAUUCACGAGCCCGUUUGUUUUGUUUGUAUUGAAUCAAAUUCUUGUCC